GCGAACCCUUCCCGGACGCCUGGGUCCGCUCCGUGUCCGUGUGGGGCGGGGGGAGCCCGGACGCCCGGGUUCUAUUUUUGGCUGCGGGGCUGUACUGACUCCCGGGUGAUUUGAGAGGGUGCCCCAUGUCCCCCGGCAGGGCGGAGCCCCGCACCCGGCCCUGCCAUGGAGACCCUGAUCCCCGUGAUCAACAAACUGCAGGAGAUUUUCAACACGGUGGGGGCCGAGGUGAUCCAGCUGCCCCAGAUCGUGGUGAUUGGGGCCCAGAGCAGCGGGAAGAGCUCGGUUCUGGAGAGCAUUGUGGGUCGUGACUUCCUGCCCCGGGGCUCAGGCGUUGUCACCCGGCGGCCCCUGGUCCUGCAGCUGGUGAAUGUGCCAUUUCUGGAGGAGCGGCAACAUGCAGCCAGUGGGGAGACAAGUACCCAGGCCGAGGAGUGGGCGACCUUCCUGCAUUGCAAGCACAAGACCUUCACCAACUUCAAUGAGAUCCAGCAGGAGAUUGAGACUGAGACCGAGAGGAUGACAGGAACCAACAAGGGGAUCAGCCCGGAGCCCCUGUAUCUGAAGAUCUACUCUCCACAUGUCCUGAACCUGACAUUGGUUGACCUACCGGGGAUCACCAAGGUGCCUGUGGGGGACCAGCCCCCCGACAUUGAGGGGCAGGUGCGGGAGAUGAUCCUGUCCUACGUCUCCAAUCCGAACUGCCUGAUCCUGGCUGUGACAGCUGCCAACACCGACAUGGCCACCUCUGAGGCGCUCAAGCUGGCCCGGGAUGUUGACCCUGAUGGACGCCGCACACUGGCUGUGGUCACCAAGCUGGACCUGAUGGACGCUGGGACAGACGCCAUGGACGUUCUGAUGGGCCGGGUCAUCCCCGUCAAACUGGGCAUCAUUGGGGUGGUGAACAGGAGCCAGCAUGAUAUCAACACUGGGAAGAGCAUCACUGAGUCACUGCAGGACGAGCAGGGCUUCCUGCAGAAGCGAUACCCAUCGCUGGCCAACCGCAACGGCACCCGGCACCUGGCCAAGACCCUCAACCGGCUGCUGAUGCACCACAUCCGGGAUUGCCUGCCGGAGCUGAAAACCCGGGUGAAUGUGCUGACGGCCCAGUACCAGUCAGUGCUGCAGAGCUAUGGGCAGCCCAUCGAGGACAAGAAUGCCACGCUGCUGCAGAUCAUCACCAAGUUCGCCACCGAGUACUGCCACACCAUCGAGGGCACGGCCCGGAACAUUGAGACCUCAGAGCUCUGCGGGGGUGCCCGCAUGUGCUACAUCUUCCACGAGACGUUCGGCCGGACGUUGGAGUCCAUCGACCCGCUGGCUGGGCUCACGAUGUUGGACAUCCUGACGGCCAUUCGCAAUGCCACGGGCCCCCGUCCCGCCCUCUUCGUGCCUGAGGUCUCCUUCGAGCUGCUGGUGAAACGUCAGAUCAAGCGUCUGGAGGACCCGAGCCUGCGCUGUGUGGAACUGGUGCAUGAGGAGCUGCAGCGCAUCAUUCAGCACUGCUCCACCUACAACACACAGGAGCUGUUGCGCUUCCCCAAACUGCAUGAAGCGAUUGUGGAGGUGGUGACAGGCGUCCUGCGGCAGAGGCUGCCCAUCACCAACGAGAUGGUUCAUAAUCUGGUUGCAAUUGAGCUCGCCUAUAUCAACACCAAGCACCCGGACUUUAUCGACACAGCACUGGUGUCUGCCUCUGUCAGCAGCAAGAAUGACCCCCCUGCAGAGGGGAUCCGGCGUUGGAAGAGUGACAAAGUGGAGGAUGCUGGCAUGGAGGAGAAGCCCAAGGGGAAUGCCCAGCCCACCAUGUAUUCCAGCCCCAGUCGCUCCCAUGCUGUCAAUCUGCUGGACACACCCAUGCCGGCCACACGGAAGCUGAGCCAGCGGGAGCAGCGGGAUUGUGAGGUGAUCCGCAGACUCAUCAAAUCCUAUUUCCUCAUUGUGCGCAAAAGCAUCCAGGACAGUGUCCCCAAGACAGUCAUGCAUUUCCUGGUGAACUAUGUCAAGGACCAUCUGCAGAGCCAGCUUGUUGGACAGCUAUACAAGCAGCAGCUGCUGGACAUGCUGCUCACAGAGUCAGAGGACAUGGCACAGCAGCGCAAGGAGGCUGCUGGGCUGCUCCAGGCCUUGCAGCGAGCCAGCCAGACCAUCUCUGAGAUCCGGGAGACGCAACUCUGGUGAGGGGAGGUUGUGCCUACAAACCAAGCCCUGGGCACCCUGAGCCUGACUCACUCACUUGGUGUUACAAACAGCCCUGCUGACCUGUGUGGAUGUCUGGAGAAGGACACCACACCACCCCCCUCCCCUUGUUCUUUGCUGCCUGUGUAUCUGAGCCGCUCUGAUGGUGUUAUGGAAUAAAACCUGUUUGCACAAAGA